AUGGCGUCCAGCAAGAUUGACCAUCUCACAAUCUACUCCUCGAAGGAGGAAUUUGAGCCUCUUAUUGAAUGGUAUAAGAAAGCCCUUUCUCCUUUGGGCUACAAAGAGAUCAUGCGAUUCCCUGAAUUCGUCGGACUGGGUGCCGAAAUCCCUGACUUCUGGAUUGCCCAGAAGAAUACGAAUAUUCCGGCUGGUAUUCAUUUUGCUUUCACGGCUCCCGACCGGGCCACUGUCGAGGCCUUCCACAAGGCCGCUAUUGAUGCAGGAGGCAUGUGUAAUGGCAAGCCAGGAUUAAGGCCAGAGUACCAUGAAAACUACUAUGGAGCGUUUGUCCUGGAUCCCGUUGGCAAUAACGUGGAGCUGGUGAGUACCCAGAUACACCCUCCCAACUCUUCUUACUCAUCCGUUUUCAAGGUAACCCAUCAUCCCGAACCGAUGUAG